AUGACCUUCGACGCAUUCCCUAUGCCACAUAUUACCCACCUCAUCGAGAGGAUCGUUGAAGUGCAGUACAUAUCUUCUCUCAACCUGGCCAAAGGGUACUGGCAGAUCCCUAUGCGCCCUGCAGAUUGUGCCAAGUCCACUUUUGGAACCCCUUGGGGCUUAUUUGAGCUCAUAUGGAUGCCCUUUGGCCUCAACGGCGCAGCCGCCACCUUCCAGAGGCUGAUGGAUACCUUGCUGGCACCGCACGUGUCAUAUGCGGCAGCAUACAUUGAUAAUAUCAUUAUAUUUACUCCCAGUUGGCACCAACACCUUGAAGCCCUGAGAGCCAUCCUGGGAGAACUCCAAGCAGUGUGUCUGACCACCAACCCCAAGAAAUGCAAGUUAGCGGGAUGA